GCCGCUCGGCUCGGCCCCUGUUCUCCGACCGGAAGUUGAGUUUGAGUCAAACAUCGACCGCUUCACGCCGAUCACUGCCUACACAGUACACUUGUCAACCUUUUCGAAGCUGUGCCAAGCCCGACUAUCGACAGCUACAGGUAAGGCUGUGCCUCGUAUCUCACCCCAUGCUGACCUGUCAGCUGUCCCGCACAGGUAGGUCAAAUCCGGUUAGACUUGGCCAGCCGCUUCCUGGACAAUAUCGAUACGAAGCCACCCCAGGUCCUGGCCCACCCAGCACUUGGAUCUUGACAACAUGUCGCUGUGCUAGGAUGUGUAGCGAGAAAGGCUAAUGCGGGCUCUUCUUUAACCGUCUGAUGAUCAGAUUGGGUCAUUGAUGCGCAAGAUGGCGGCAUAAGUAGCAAAGGGGGACAGGGCAUCAGACCUGUUAUCUCCUCAAGGUCACUAACUCUUCGCUCGCUUCUGGGAACGGAGAGAUGAAGAUAUCAACCGUCCAAUCAGUCUUUUACAAUGCCCUCGGUGUGCUCUCGCUGUGGGCCACCGCUAGUUCUGCCCAACAGGAGGAUCAGUUUCGGAUCGCUUUGAAACUCACUCCGGAAGCGCAUCAGCAGCAACACGCUGACCCCAACUUCAUCACAACCCUCUUCCAGAGAACGCAGCCCCAAGGCUUUGGUGCGGCCCCCCAAGUUACAACUGGUCCACUCAUCGGAGCGCAGCGCUCGGCCAACAUUUCCGCCCGGUUUGCGCUUGCUGGAAAGCGGGAUGCUGCGCCUAACUUCGACGUUUGGUAUCAGAUUCAGCUCGGAUCCGAGUCGGGUGAGCAGGCUCGACGCGACACCGAGGCGCAGAAUAACACGACCGAAACCGCCCUGCCGCAGCACAUUGUCGAGCUGAUCCGGGGGCUCAUCGAACUCCCCGAGGUCGAAAGCGUUCACCCGCUUCUGGCUACCCCACCUCCUACGAUCGGGGGCCUUGGGCCCAGGGCGAUUGAUGCCAGCGAUGAUCCUCGCAGCCCGGAUCAGGGGUAUCUCAACCCGGCGCCACAAGGCAUCGAUGCGCGCUACGGCUGGGGUUUCCCUGGCGGUGAUGGUACUGGUGUGGGUAUCGUGGAUAUGGAGCAGGGUUGGAAGAUUGACCAUCAGGAUUUCAUAGCCGCUGGCAUCACCUUCAUUUCUGGGUUCAACAAAGGCAGAUGGGGGUUUGCGCACGGCACCUCGGUGAUGGGCGAGAUGCUCAUGCAAGACAACCAGAUGGGUGGUGUCGGCAUCGUGCCUGGUGCCAAGGGCAGGGUCAUCUCACUGUGGCGUGAUGAAUGGUGGCCCAAUGUGCCGGAUGCCAUCCUCGACGCCGUUGCCCACAUGAGCGCUGGAGACAUCCUGCUGCUCGAAGCACAGGAAUAUGACCCCACUGGAGUCAUUGGCUACGUGCCUGUCGAGGUAUUCGAUGCCACUUUUGAGGCCAUCCAGGUUGCGACGUCUCUCGGCAUCAUCGUUGUGGAAGCCGGCGCGAACGGGUCACGCGACCUUGACGCGUACACGACACUCUUGGGCAAGCAAAUCUUCAACCGCGCCAGCCCUGAUUACCGCGAGUCUGGUGCCAUCCUGGUGGGCGCUGGCAGUUCUGGGGUCCCCCACUACCGCAUGUGGUUCUCCAACUACGGUUCCCGAAUCGAUGUUUUUGCCUGGGGUGAGAACGUCGACACGACGGACACGGAUUAUUCGUAUGGUACCGAGAGCUGGUAUACUUGCUGUUUCAGCGGCACAUCCAGCGCGUCCCCUAUUGUUGUUGGCGCGGCAGCAAUCCUCCAGGGCAUCUCCCUCGCAACUCGGGGCGCCAAGAUGGGCCCGUUGGAGAUCCGCGACAUGCUCAAAAUUAACGGGACUCCAAGCGCCGACCCUGCCUACGACCGCAUCAGCGUCAUGCCCAACCUCAAGGCCAUCAUCGACACCGUCUUCAACAACAACACCGGUGGAAACCCCGACAUCUACAUCCGCGACCACGUCGGCGACACUGGCGACGCCACCUCUGGCGUCGUGUCCUCCAGCCCGGACAUCAUCAUCCGCCAGCAGCCCAUCGCCAACCCAGACGCCGCCCUCGGCUCCGGCAGCGGCACCGAGACCAACCCUUCGCUCUCGCAACCCGUCGUUUCCGGCCAAAACCAUUCGCUCUACGUCCGCCUCCAGAAUCGCGGCACCCGCGCUGCCUCCUCCGCCAACGUCACCGUCUACUGGUCCGAGCCGGCCACCCUGGUAACCCCCAACCUCUGGACCGAAAUCGGCACCGCAACCCUCCCGGCCAUCCCUGCAACCAGCAACGGCCUCAUCGUCUCCCCGCGCCUAGCCUGGCUCGCCGACAAAGUCCCGGCGUCCGGCCACUACUGCUUCGUCGCGCUGGCAGGCAGCGACAAUGACCCGGUCCCAGCCGUGCCCAACACCUUCCCGGACUUUGUCAAGUUCGUCCGCGAGAACAAUAACGCCGCCUGGCGCAACUUCAACGCCAUCCCUGCGGCGACGGACGGGUGGCAGAAGUUUCCUGUUACCGUGCCCGGCGCGUUUGAUAGCGCCAGGGAGUUUGUGUUGAAGGCGGUGGGGCAUCUGCCCCAGGGCUCUAAGGUCAGGUUGCAAGUGCCCAAGGAGUUUGCAGGGAAGAUGGGGAUCAAGGGGUGCAAUAAGGGGGACAAGGUGGUGGUGGGGUUGAAGCCUGGGGAGACGUUGCAGGUCGGCGUGGGCCUGUUGGAUGCGGGGAGCCUCGCGAAGUGUGAGCUGCAGGUGCAGGUCAAUGGGACGGAGGGGGACGCUGAGUAUGCGCUUGUGCAGGAGUGGGUUGGCGAGGGGGGUACGAUUGAGGUUGGGAGGGUGACUUGGCGGUUUGGACCGGUUGUGGAACUGUGAGGUGAGAUUGGGGAAGGGGGAAUGAGGAGGUUAGACGAGGUUGGGCUUGGAUACACGGUAUAGUUGGAUAAAGUAUAGAGAGAAAAGGCUUAAAUCC